UUUUGAACUUGAAAAUUACAAGUCCUCCAAGCUCUUUCUUCUCGAAGAAAAGUUCAAAUCUUGUCUGGUAAUCAUUAUGAUAAAGCAAACUUUUACUCUAAUUCUAUUAAUAUUCGUAAUUUCGUUAGCACAAAGUGCAUCUGAUAUUGAACAGGUUUUCAAAGGAAUAUGUGAUCUCCGUGCUAAACAAAUACAAGAAGGAACUUUUGAUAAAAUUAUAAAAGCGUCGAGCGAUUGUAGGGAAAAAGUGUUGACCAAAGAUGAACUUGCUGCAAUCGCUAAAUGCGAUCGUAUUUUACCGUUGAACGAAGCUGAUCAAGUUAUCGAAACUUGUGGUGAUUUUAAUGGCAAUAAAGACAAGUUUGACGAGCUCAUAGAAUGCAAAGAGAAAGCUGUUGGUAGUGUGGGCGUAAAAUACUUCUUUUGCGAAUACGACAAUCCAUUUGCUAAUUGAAGCACUACCAUUAAAACCAAACUAAAUUGCAGAACAACUGAAAAUGGUCCAAUAUUCGAGAUGCCACGUCGUCAUUAUCCAUUCAGUGAUCGAACUGUUUUCUUAUUUUAUAAUCAGAAAUUUUAUUGGUUUAAAUGAACAGAAUCGACUGUAAAAAUGAAUCAUAGCUUGAUUUACUUUCUUUUCUUCAGCAUCAUGCAUUAAAACCAAACAAAUACUAAAAUAAUAAUGAAUUUCCAUGUACUUUUGAACCAGA